UGUAAGCAGGGAAACGGAAAUGUCAACCGAGUGAUUGCGAAUCGAAGCAGACUGCAUCAUAUAUCCACUUUAAAACAUAUGAUGGAUUUCUAAUUCAGAGGAAAAACAGUCAUAUAACAUCGUCAAAGAGCAAGCUGCGAAUAUGACAAAUGUGUACUCUUUCGAUGGCAUCCUGGUGUUUGGGCUGCUGUUUAUCUGCACUUGUGCAUACCUCAAAAAGGUGCCUCGCCUCAACAGCUGGCUGCUGUCAGAGAAGAAAGGAGUGUGGGGUGUCUUCUACAAAGCUGCAGUAAUCGGGACGAGGCUUCACAUUGCCGUGGCACUUUCCUGCUUGGUCAUGGCCUUCUACGUCGUCUUCUUGAAAUGAUAGUCGGACUGGACUGGAAAGAACUGAGCGGGUGCAGGCCGGGGAUGGACUCAUCUCUCGUGGUCAUGUAUCAAUCCUUGUUGUGGAACACCUCUUGGAUUAUAUGACAGAUGAAACCCCACUGAGCCUGUGGACCCAUAUGAAAGUCAAGCCAGUGCUGCCCCCUUCUGAUGACUGGGUACAUAACUCCUCCCUUAAUAAUAGGUGUGCACUACAGCCAUGAAGGGUAUUGUGAAUCUAUUCCAGAGUUUUUACAGAGAGAGCCUGUUGAUGCACAUGGUAUCUUUCUGUUAUUGGGUAAUACUGUUUGUUGUCUACAUCCACACCACAUCAUUAUUUAUAUUGAAGGAUGCCGAAGAUCGAAGGGCGGUGUGUGCAUUAUACCUUAUAUCUGUAUACAACUUAAAAUUAGCCUAGAUGUAUAUAUUUGGAAAAAAUAAUACCAAUAGAGAUUUGCUAGAAGUUAUAUGUGAUCCAACUGAAAAUGAUCAAUUCUGUUCGCUCCCAGCUAUGCUGUUUUUUUUCUGUAUCACUUCUUCUGUCAGUGGUGGAGGGCAAGAUAAACAAAGCUAAUAUAUAAAGAUGUCCUCAUGUACACUAUAUUUUGCUUUUUUGGAUCUCUUUUCUUAACAGUGCUAUCUGGCAUCUUUUUAACUUUUUUUUAGGUUUGAAAUACACAUUUUGCACAGGUGUAUGUUGUAUAUACUUUGUCAUCUUAUUGUGUCCUGGAUUACAUGUUUUAAUGUCACAAAUUGGACUGCAGUUCACUUAGGAGUCAAAGUUCUAUCAAAAUUGUAGUUUCACAGAGAGGAGUAAUAACUACCAGAGGCGCGAUAUCAACAAUUUGUGAGAAUUGGAUAGCUGUAUCAAACGUGCCCGAAGAUUUAAAAGCAAAGCCAAAUAGGGAUGGUGCCUCUCAUGCCGUUUUAGUUAUAUGCUGUCAUUCUGACUUUAUUUCUGCCACCUUAUUUGUAUUGUUACAACAAGAAAUUGUUUUUGGAGGGGAUGCAAUGCAAUUUUGAGUAAAAUGUUGAUCAUACAA